CUCGCGGAUUCUGAGAGCGCUCUGUUGCUGUUUCGCUGCCUAUGUAGGGAUCGGUGGGCCGGCUCGCUCAGUCGUGGUGUCUGCUGCUGCCGACCCAAACAUGGACGACAUCGUCACGCUUGUUGACAAGGCUCCGCUCAAGCUUCGCGCGAUGUUGUACAAGGCCAUCUUGAGGCUACAGGCUCAGGUGGCGGCCCGGGCCGUGGAGAUGGCGGCCCUGGCCAAGGAGAACAUGGACACGACUGCGAAACUGGCCAGGACCAAGCAACUGCUCGUGGCCACGCUCUAUGCUGCGGGCGUGGUCAACGCCCGCUCCUUCCUGGAGCACGUGGUCAAGAUGUGGAGGAUGGAGCAGCCCGGCGGCCAGCAGAAGAAGCGCGUGGACGUCUUCAAGGACGGGCUGAAAGAUCGCCCGAAGCUGGUGGCGUGCCUGCUGCGGGACGUGCCCAGCUGGGCGCCCGCCGGCAUGAACGAGGAGAAGCAGGGUAACGCGUGUGGUUACACGGGUUACCUGCGCGUGAACGUGCUGUUAUUGGACAGCCUGGCCAAUAACCUGGAGGCGAUCUUCGCAAACACGAGCAACGAUAUCCACACUUUUAACCCGGCGAUGGGGCUAAUGCUGGUCAGGGCCAUGCACAACGGGCCCACAGUGGCGGGCCUGGCCUGCCUCGCGGAGGGCGUGGACGUGCCGUGCCACAUCGAGGGCGAGGAUGAAACCUCCAUCGUCGAGAAGGACAACAACGCCGCCUCCGCGUGAGGGACGGCUUGUGGCGCCUACUACUGGAUGUGCGGCCCUGGCGAUGCUGGGCACCCGGGCCGGCGGCUUCAAUCGUGGUCGGCGUUGCUGGGGAUUGAUGUGUGCACCUGCAGUGCACCACUGAGGCUUGUCGGGGCAAGACAGCCCUGCACGGCGGUAUAUCAGUGGGGGGGGGCGAUUUGCAGGGGGAUGGGGGUGGCGGCUUAGCGGCCGCUGACUGCCCCAUGCAUUGUGGCGAGUAGGCCUGGUUGGUGCUUUGGCAGGGGCGGCAGCAGUGGCAGCGUUGCCCAUUGGAUGGCGGUGGGCGCGGCCGCGGCAGCAGAAGAGAAGAGGGCCGCAGCUGGGGGUCACGGUAGUUCAGUUGUAAUUCAGUUCAUUCAUUCCACUUGAUUCCCAUCAAACCCCAUCGCCUGCCACUGUUUGCCAUUACCACCGCAUUUCCAAAUGAACUGACACACAUCGCGGCCGCAGCUGGGGGUCAGCUGCGGCCGCAGGUUCAUUUGGAAAUGCGGUGGUAAUGGCAAACAGACUGACAGGCGAUGGGGUUUCAUGGGAAUUAAGUGGAAUGAAUGAACUGAAUCACAACUGAACUACCGUAAACUUAACAUAGACGCCUCGACACAUGAAGGGACUGCGUUGGCUAUGACUGCUCACUGUGGACGCACACGUCCGGAGGCAGGCGGCAACACUUGUGUGGGUGUGGGUGUGUGUGUGUGUGGGUGAGUGGGUGCGUGUGUGUGGGCGUGGGUGUGGGUGUGGGGGGGGGGGGGGGCGGUAGUUCGUUCCAGAAACCAAAAGCAAGCCAACCUGAACGAAAUCAUUGGGUACGGCCGUGCGGGUAGUGCGCCACCAUGUAGCCGCGUAGAGUGUGCUUUUAAACCUCCGAGCUCAAUAAUGAUGUCGGAGACUGUGCAGGAGUAUGCAUUCAUUGCAUUCGUUCAAGUGCUUUGUUCGUGGUGAGUCUCUUUUGGGAGCGUUGGGCCGCUGCCAAGCUGUGUUUGUGUGCCGUAGUGCUCAAUGUGGACCCAUGCACGCUCAAACCCUAACAGUUCACCGCAUGCAACCGCUGCUACGACUUUUGUACCAAGCCUUGGCUCGCAUGAGCUUUUUGUGUUGAAGAAUGUGGGGGUGUAUUGUCAGGUGUAUGUGUGUGCUUGUGUGUGUGUGAGAGAGAGAAUGUGUGUGUGAAUCAAUGGCUGGGUGUAUUGCCGUAUGCGGUGGAAGUAUUUCCAAGCAUACGCCGUAACCUUUUUUGAUCGUGGGUGACUUGGCAGUGCGGUAUCGCAAUGCGGACAAUGGUAUGACCUGCGUGUUGUUGUGGACCUGCGUCUGUGGGCUGGCUGGCGAGCAUUUCCGCAGCCUUGUUCUACCCGGCCCGGCUGAUGUGCUGCGUCGAUUCCCCCGGUCCGGACAUAUAUGCGAUGUUGUUGUUACAGGAUUGGAAGUGUGCUACGGAGAUGAGCUAAAGAAAUGCGAAUGCAAAACCGACCAGUCGUUGAUGUUACUGCUAGCAGGCAGCAGGAAAGCGGCGUGAGUGGCGAGGAAGAGCGCGCCUCCAUUUUACCUCGAACGGGCGGUAACCGCUGCGAAAUGACAAGCGGUGUCAGCUUUGUACAGCUGGAAAAUGGGCUGAGCCCCGUAUAUAAGCAUGGAGUGGGACGCUUUCUCAAGCGCCAUGAGACUUGGAUGGCCCCGCACCUAAGGCCCCC